GAUUUCUCAGGUUCAGCUUCCUGAUUAGCUCCUGAACAAAGUGGGUGUGAUUUUUAAUAGAUUUUAAAGUAGCUGCUGUCUGGAGCUUCCUUUUCCUCUGCAGCAGGCGGCGGGUCUGGAGGUCCGAGUAAGGUCACACGCUGAAGUGAAGUUCAGAAAUCAGGUUCAUUUCUUCAUCCCGGGAGGACCAUGGCCUUCACCAAACCUUUGAGCUACCAGCUGCUGGCGGCGGUGGGUAAAGGCUCCUUCGGCACCGUGUACAAAGCCAGAGAACUGGGGGACAAGCAGCGCUUUUUGGCGGUGAAGAAGUUCACGAUCCACGGGGACAGUUCAGACAGCGGGAUCCCGGCCUCCAUCAUCCGGGAGGUGGGGCUGCUGCGGAGGAUGCAGUUCUUCAACCAUCCCAACAUAGUCAAGCUGUUGGAUGCAUCUGUUGCACUAGUGGACAGGACCCUGGACCUGACUCUGGUGUUAGAAUACAUCGACCAGGACCUGUGCACCUACCUCUCCAAGGUUCCGCCCUCUGUACUGAGCCUUGAGCGUAUCAAGGAUGUGAUGUCGCAGCUGCUGCAAGGAUUGGAUUUCCUACACUCAAACAUGGUGCUGCAUCGUGACCUAAAGCCAGCAAACAUCCUGGUCAGCAGCCACGGAGAAGUUAAGAUUGCAGACUUUGGACUGGCACGCAUCUACACCUAUAAUAUUGCUCUCACUCCAGGUGUGGUGACGCUGUGGUACAGAGCUCCUGAGGUGCUGCUGAACUCAGUCUACACGUCCUCAGUGGACAUGUGGAGCGCUGGCUGCAUCUUCGCCGAGCUCUUCCUCUUGAAACCCAUUUUUCUCGGAUACACUGAGGCGCAGCAGCUGUGGAAAAUCUUUGAAGUUAUCGGUUUGCCAGAUGAGGAGGACUGGCCCAGGAACAGUCCCAUCCCAUACUCAAAUACCUGGGGACCAAAUGUUUCCUGCACCGCGAUACUGAACAACGUGGGCAAAGACGAGAACGAACUUCUCGCUAAAUGUUUGACGUUCAAACCAAGCAGCCGCAUCUCCGCUGCCGAAGCUCUGGCUCAUCCCUUCUUCACAAAGGACUCGGUCGAGUGAUGACUGGAAUGAUCUACUUUGGAAUAUUCAUGCCACUAAUCACAGUUCAAGUUGUGAGUGGGAUGCUACAUGUUUGAGUUACGUUUAUUGAGCUUUCAGCGAACUUGCAAUUACCUCAUGCAAAUACUUUUGCAUUUUGAAUGUGUACUCACACAAAGACAUUGUGCUACGUUGUUCUUGUUGAAUGUUUACACAAAAAAUAAGGAUUCUCUUUUGCUGCUGACAGCACUAUUAUGAGCACUUUCACAAUGGCCACUUAGUUUAUUUUGUUUCAUCAAAGCUUCUUUUGCUCCAGAUUUGUGAAUACGAGAGAAAAUGAAGACCUUUUACUUUUGUAAUUGUUGGGAAGAUAUUUGGAAUCGUUCACACCUGUAUUUAUGUUUGCCGUGAUGUAUUGAACAAUAUUUUUUUUUGUCAAAGGGUUUUGUUGUUAAUUCAAGUAUUUUGAUAAAUAAUUGUCUCACGGAUCUGACUCUAAUUUUCCAUGUUGCGUCCCUGGUCUAGUGCUUGUAUGAGACUUUAACUUGUAAUUGCACAAUUAGAACCGAUGGGGGCAGUGCUGAAA